AUGUACAACGCUCUCUCUGGAAUUGGAGGAGCCGGUCAGCUAGACACUACUACGUCCGCCAAGGGUCACAUCGCCCUCGCGUCUGUGAGCGCAGUAGGAAACAUUUUUGUCGCCCCUAUUGUGACAAAUAUUUUGGGUCCAAAAUGGACUAUCUUCAUCGGCGGACUGCCAUACGUUCUCUAUGCUGGAUCUCUGUUGGCAUAUAACCACACCUCGAACCAGGGGUUUGUCAUCGGUGCGAGUGCUAUCCUGGGUGUUGGAGCAUCGCUACUAUGGAUUGCCCAAGGUUCAAUCAUGACCGGCUAUCCGUUGCCACAACAGCAUGGCAGGAUGAUUGGAAUUUUUUGGAUUAUUUUCAAGUAA